UUGGCUCGGCAGCCCCAAACGCAGCACCGUCGGCGAAGGUUGUGUGUCCGCGCGCGCACCCGCACGCGGGAUUUUGUUGUCUUCUUCUGUCUGUUAAUUCUCUCCCGUUCCUUUUUAAUGCCAUUCCGCGGACGAGAUGGAAAGAAACAAGCCAAACUGCCGCCAAUCCCCAAAAACUGUUUCCCUCGCUGCCUCCCCCCACAAACAGAUGUAGGAUGUAGACAAAGGGGCGUGAGUGAGUGAGGGCUUGUGAAAAACCAGGCGCAAAAUUCGAACGGCGUACAACACGCGCACCGCCAGCCAGCAGCAGCACCACCGCGCACACAUGCAAAAAGCACGAAGCCUCCCAGCACGAUCGUGCACGAGCGCGCACGGGUAGCCAAUCGCAGCGCCGGUGGAUGACGUUAUGCGGGCUAUUUUUAGCACCAUGAAUCAUAUGUUCCCGUACAAAACCGCACACACUACUGUAGCAGCGCACGCACACCAGCAAACCGCCCCGUACGGGUGAAGCUUUCAUCAAGUCGGCUUCAUUUUUCCAUUCUCCAUUCAUUCGCUUUUCUACCUUCAAGCCGGACGGGUGUGUGUCUGUACGCGCGCGCGUGCGUGCAUUUUGUUUUCCCUGUCGGCCGACAGUAGCCAGAGUACCACGCCAGAAAGCACGCGAAAGCAACCGCACGGGAUAUUGGGGUUUUCCAACCACCGCUCUUGGGCGAAAGAAACAGAAACGAAACAGUACUUGUGCGUGUGUGUGUGUGUGUGGUUUGUGAUUUAUGCGUGGUUUUGUGACAGCAAAUUGGAAAGAUAAGUUGAAAGGGUGUGUAAUGUCGUCAUCGCCCUUGUGCCGCGCGCCACAGUGAGAAGGAAUAUUGGUGCAACAAUAAUCGCGUCGAAUGUGUAUUUCGACAGUCCCGUCCGUCCGCAACACACAACGGUGACACCAUCCAUCCCGUCUUUUUUGCUAAGUAGGCGUAGCGUGAAUUAGGCGUAGGCCGCCCUGUGUGUGCAUUGCGAAAUAUAUUCCACACCCCUCCCGCCCUGUGCUCGCGUGUGUGUGUGUGUGCACGUGUGCGCUAGUGUGUGGUGUGUGAGUUGCCGUGUAGAAACGCGUGAAAAAUCCACCCCACCGUCAAAGAGGCAAGGAGCGGCGGUGUGUGUGCUGUGGCGGAACAUUCUGUGCAAUACUUUGUUGUUCCGUGUGUGCAUGUGUGUGUGUGCGGAGACACAAAUCCAUUAUUAUUGCGCGGUCUUUCAUUGGUGUUGACGUUUGCACGUACGGGAGAGCGCGCGCGUGCACGUGUGUGUGAGUGAGUGAGUGCGUACGCGAUAGCUCGCCCGUGCAGUUAGUGUGCGUGUGUGUGUGUGUGUGCGACAAAGCAAAGAGCAAACUGCAGAUAAAAAAAUAACCCCCCCGUACAUUUCGCGAAGCGUUUGAGCUCGUUCGCCAAAUAGAACGCACUCGCUUGACGGGAACGAUACGGCCCAUAAACCUCAGCAAGAAAGAAAAACAACACCACCAACUACACACUUCAAGUGGCCUUACCAGGAAAAAGCAAAAAGCAAGCAAGCAGCAACAACAACAAAAAGCAAAAGCAAACGACAGAGAUAAUCAUUGUGUGUGUUCGUGUGCGUACGUGUACUUGUGUGAGUGUGGCACUUCAAAUUGCCUGUCAUUUCCUCCUCUGUGACCAUCCGUUUGUUGUGAUAAAGUAUCCGUCAUCGCAAAGGCUUGACAGUAGUGUGUGGUGCCAUUAAAGCAAAGCAAAGCAAAAAAAAAAGCGCCAUUCUUCCCGUACCUCGGGUGUUGUAAAAGCUCGUUAACCUUCCAAGGUGAAUCCGUAAUUAAAUCGAAAUUAAAAAACCGCGUCUGCACCUACCAAACAACACCCUGUUAUUUCGUUGUACGUGGAUGUGUUGUGUGUGUGCGUGUGUGAGAAAACAAACAAGUGUCAGUGCGUCCUUCGAUCCGUGAAAGGAACCCGAAGGUUGUGUUGUUUAUCCCUGUACGCAAUUUGACAUUUCUCGUUGUUCUUGUCUCUGCUCCAAAACAAAACAACACACACACGGUGCCUCGGUUCGGAUUUGGGAAAAACCCACGGAAAUUUGUGCAACGAUUCCACCAUCCCAAUAACCACACACAGCCACGAUGCGAAACAACGUGCUGAGCAGUAAGCACGCCAACAACAACAACACGAUGGAGUCGUUCUACGAGGACGCAAACGCCCAGUUCCUUCCGGCCACAACGAACGGUGGCGGUGGUGGGGGUGGCGGUGGCGGUGUGGUAGUAGUGACGACGGGCAACGGGAAUGGGUUGAAGCGGCCGGCCACCCUCGAGCUGAACCUCGGCCCCGGGAAGGCGCGCAAGACGCGGUACAACACGUCCAUCACGAUGCCGUCGGUGCUGCCGUCCCCGGACCUGCAGAUGCUGAAGCUGGUGUCGCCCGAGCUGGAGAAAAUCAUCAGCACCAACGCGACGCUGCCCACUCCGACCCCGAGUGCCAUCAUCUUCCCGCCGUCGGCCACCUCCGAGCAGCAGCAGUUCGCGAAGGGGUUCGAGGAUGCGCUCCUCUCCAUCCACAAGAAGGACACGACCAGCAAGCUCAACACGAACGUGCCCACCAACACCACCACCAACAACAACAACAAUAGUAGUACGAGUAACAACAACAACAACAACAGUGCCAACAGUGUCACCCUCGUCGGUCCGUCGGCGAUCGAGCGGCUCUGUCCAACGACGGCAGCGGUCGCCCCCGUGACGGCCAUCGCGACGGCAAACACCGCCACCAGUAUGGUGGCGGCCGCGACGGUCGGCCAUCACACCGGCAUGAGCGGAGGGGAAAUCACGUACACCAACCUGGACUACCCCGGUGUGGUGAAGGAGGAACCGCAGCCGACGACGUCCGCCGCCAGCAACCAGUCGCCCCCGGUCAGCCCGAUCGACAUGGAGUCGCAGGAGCGCAUCAAGCUGGAGCGCAAGCGGCUGCGGAACCGGGUCGCCGCCUCCAAGUGCCGGAAGCGGAAGCUCGAGCGCAUCUCGAAGCUGGAGGACCGGGUGAAGGAGCUGAAGGCGCAGAAUGCCGAGCUGGGCGGGGUGGUGUGCAAUCUGAAGCAGCACAUCUUCCAGCUGAAGCAGCAGGUGAUCGAGCAUCACAAUUCCGGCUGCACGAUCACGCUGCAGGGCAAGUUUUGAAUGCACCAAGAGUGUAGCAAUCUCGGUUUUUUGGGCUUGGUUUGCGGUCCGAAUGUUCGUCCGUCGUCUACAAAAGCAACACGGUGUGCAUCCCAUCCUUUUAGGUGUCCUCUAGCAAACAAAGGGAGAAAGUGCGUGCGUGCGUGCGUCGUGAUACGAUUUUUGUUUGUAUUUUUGUUUGUUUGUGAGGGAUGUUUCUUUUUAGUUUGUGUGUGAAUAGAGAGAGAGAGAGGGAGGCGCCGGUCGUCAUGAGGGCGACUAAAAAGAAACUACUAGGUAGUGUAUACACGACCCGGGAAUUGAUUUCCGCGGCUCUCUUCAGGUUCAGGUCUUUCGUAGUAAAGGGAAAAGCGCAAUGAGGGGAGAGAGAGUUAGUUACUCGAAAACAAAACAAAACAAAACACAUUUACGCGAACAAAGCUUAUUGCCAUUGUGAGACACAGAAAUGCCUUAUCGUAUUAGAAUUGAUAGCCUAUAUAUUUGGGUAUGGAACGCCGCCGCAGGGGGAUUUGGGGUGUUUUGGCGCUUCUCGGUACUAAUAGAGCAGGACCAUAGCGGGAGAUGUAUGUAAAACAACGGUGGAUAAUGCUAGUGUUUACCACUACUUGCUCUGUGCGUUUGUCGUUCAACGCGAACGAUUGUUUGUGCAGGAAACAAAGCAAGAGGAGAGCAGCGAUUUUGCGGAUCGAUGUUGUUAGCAAUAGGUUGUUAAGUCUCCUUUAGGGUAGCAGGGGUUGGUAGUAAGUUCCGAGGUGUAGCAUUCAAACGAGUCAGAUUGUUUUUCAAAUGCUUUAGACUUCGGUUGAAACAAAAACAGAAAAAAAAACAAGUGCUUCUAGUCGUUGGAUCGAGCCGUCCGUGUCUGUCCGUACCACCUACCCGUGGCGCGUGAUGGACACGGUCGACUCGAAUUCUCCUGCAGCGCCGCAGCAUGAGAAAGUGCCGCAUUGAAAGUGCAUCCCGCAAUGCUAGUGUCAUAUUGUUAGUUUUACAUGAUUUUUUAUGUAUAAAUAGAGCUUUUAUUUAGGUGUAACUGCUUUCUUGCACAGCGCGAUAGAUUGAUUCUUUCCUUUUUUGCUUUCUACCAUCUCCGAUAGUUUUCUAUAGUCAAAACGAUCUGAUCCCAGUCUGUUGCGUUGCCUAAAACCAUCCCGACCGCACAGUUUUACAGUUUCCUUUGUCACAUUCAAUUCUCGCUCUGUAAAAACUAUGCUUUCAAUCGAAAUAACAUGCCAGGAAGUGGUGUGAUACAUGCCAUACAUUUCAAAGGGGAAGCUGCUUUCCCAUGCUUCCGCCCUCCCCCACCACCAUUUCAAAGCAAUUUACUCUAGUGACUCUAACACGACAACACGCUUUUGGGAGUUGUCGGGUUUAGAAAUGUUUCCUAAUUUUGUGUAAUAUGAGAAGUGCUUGUGAGGUGGUUGCACGUGCAAUUGCAAGAUGUAUAUAAUUUAGAACGGAAAGCGAGCGAACCCCGAAAGUCACAGUGCGUGCCAGUGUGAGCGUACACCGCCACGAGGUGUAGAAAUGAAUGCUAAUAUAAACAAACAAACAAAAGGAUGCAAUUUUUGUUUUCAACUAUUUACUUGUAGCUUGUAGAAAAAAAGGAGAAAGUGAGGAAGCACCAUGUGCUAGUUCGUUUGCGCGACGGCGUAAGAGAGACAGACAGAUGUGAGAGUCAUUUGAAGAAAGAUAUUUAUUUGUAAGCGUUUAUCGAUUUCGUUUAUCAACUUUAUUUUUGAAAAUAUUUACAAAUAAAAUCGACCAUUUCGCUAUUUAGUUUUGCCAAACGUUAAA